CUUGUUCUCACAGGGUGUCGCCUCUACAGGCUGCAUUGAUCCUUGCAUGGAUUUGAUAGAUCGGACAGACUUGCGUGCUUGUCCUCACUCACUCCGAACUUGACAGUGGGAAAGGGAGAGUCGCUGAAUCGCUGUCAGUCUGCCAGCGCAGCCAAUUGCAGGCAGUUGCGUCAAAGGUAGCGCCGCCCAUUGAGCGCAGUUGUCAUGGCCAUGAAGAUGCUUCUCUUUUUGUCAGCCUGGAGGCUCGUCGUCUCGCUGGGAACUGACGAUGCCCUUGCCAUCUAUGAUAGAGUGAAUAGCAUGGCAGCAGACGUCCACUUCACGGACGAGUGUGGCUCAUCAACAAUAUUUGAAUGGACAUGGCAUGCUGAUUAUCCGCAUCUUUGUAUUGCCAGACCUUCUCAUGAGCUCUUUGGAACCAGUGUGUUGGCUGGUGCCACUUUGGGAAUCGUGCAACCUCCAUUUCCAGAUGUGUUGAAAGUCAACUGGUUGGACAAAAGCUUGUUCAUGGCGUUGCAGGACGAAUGCAAGAUACAGGGCUACUUGACAGUGAAGUCAACGUUGAACACGAUGAAAGCCCACGGCUAUGGCAUCAAACCAGGUUCUGUUGAGCGAAAAGGAGGAGGCAUGGAUAUUGGAACUCUGACGUUUGAAGCGGAGAAGUUGGACCAACGCCUGUACGGCAUAGUUCCUUCCAUUUGGUCAGAACCCUCGACCGGCCUGGUGGUCGCCGCCGCUCUGAGUGCUUUGAUGGUGCUAGGUGUGGCCACAGUGCUUGUGAUUGCGCGGUGGCAAAGCCGCCAGCGUAUCAUUGCUUCAGUUGCAAUCGAGCAAGGCGCUGAGCAGAUGCUAUCAGAAACCGAUGAGGCCUAGGCAGUCACAGACAGGCCCAUUCUGCGUGUUGCCCAUUGCUUCGUGAUAUUUUCAGUUGUGUCGCUUUCAAAAGCGCACGCAGAGUGGCCGGAUGACUUUUAGACUAACGACCCUCGAGAUGUUUCCGAGCCUGUGCUUUGAUUUUCGCAGCUUUACUUGCUGAGUCACCAUGGCAGGUCCAUGGUCGGCGCGCAAACUGCUAACGUGUCAUGGUUUAGUCAAGCUGGCAGCUGUUCGAAGCAGUUUGUGUGAGACCAAACUGUGGUGGCGCGUGACGCCAACCUGCUUGUGGCUUGGGGCUUUGGAGGCGGCAGAAUCGUGCCUUGAUGUGAGAAAGCAGCUCCAGCUGAACCGAGCAAAGGAUUGCA